GGCGGCUUCUUCGGAGGGCUGGCCUCCCUGGUGCACGUGCUGGUGGGCUGGGGAGGGGUGUACAAAUAGAGGGGCCACCACGCCGGCAGAGGCACACCGGGCGAGCCUCCGACCUCCGCGCAGAGCUCCGGGCUGGAGAGCAGCAGCAGGCGCAGGUUUUUGAGACCCGGCAUCAUGAGGAUCCUUCUGUGGAGCAUCUUGUCGUUUUGCUUGCUUGCACACGCACUCAGCGAUUGCCGCAGAGACUGCCUGAACUGCCACAGACACUUGUACAGGCAUCAGGAUGACUUCAGCCUUCUUAUCUGUGUGAUGGAAUGUGAAGGGAGGCUCGUCUCCAGCACCACCUGGGAGCUCUGCAGCAAGGCAAGUAGGAAGGCACCUUUGCCUCUAGUUCCCGACAGCCUGGAAGGAGCACUGAAUCAGCCCUUGGAGAUGUGGGAGGAUGGCCUGCUCAGAGGCAGAGGCAACCUCAAACAUCUGGGUGACCUAACCGGGAUGGUGGGUUUUGGCAAGGCUGAAGAUGAGAAGCGAGUGUCCAAAGGGAGCAGCCCUGUCCACCAACUGGAGGCAGAAGAUGGUACCAACAAUGGAGGCCAAGUCCCAGUGGGGGAAUUCCAAGACCAGCUGGAUAUCCCCAAGGGGUUGGGUGGCUUCCUGAGUGGACCAUUCAGUUACGGGCAGAUAGAGGAACCUGGAGUGCAAGAGCUCCAGAAACGGUUCGGAGGUUUCAUCGGCGCCCGGAAGUCAGCCCGGAAGUGGCACAAUCAGAAGAGGUUCAGCGAAUUCCUGAAGCAGUACCUCGGGAUGUCCCCACGUUCCAUUGAGUACGACGGUUUGGCUGACGACCCGAAGGAACAGAAUGAGAUCUAGACGGAUGGACUUCCUCUGGGUGUUUUUUUCGUACCACCACCAUGUAGUGAAUCAGUUUCAGAUCUGUCAUGGCUAAAGAAGUCAACCCUGUUUCUUGUCUCCUGCCUUGCCUUCCUCACUGCCCCACUCCAGACACACAACCCUUGCCAUCAAAGAGGAGGUGCAGGGUUCAUUUCCAGUGCAUCCAAAAAUUAUGUCAUAUGAUAAUAUUUUGUCAUCCUUAUUGCCCAGUCCUGAACAGAUUUAAUCUGAAGUGAGAUCCAGUGAGGGCAGAAGACCUGUUCUACACAUGCAGAAAACUGAAGUGAGAAUGAGGUGGUAGAGGUCAUAAGUGGUAGAACUGACUGUACCAUAAUAGACUUCAGGUAGAGGAAUCACAUUUUUUAAAGCUUCCUUACAUCAAAAGCUCCCUGCAAGAAGAAUACUAGCAGGGAGCAGGACUGAGCUAGAAUCUUUCUUCUUAAUAGAAUGAUAGUUUGGGAGUUAGGGGGGAUUUUCUUUUCUUCUAUGGGAGCUUGAAAAAAUGGCAUUCUCCCCCUUACCGUCUGAAAUGGCACAAUCCACUCUACCUCCUAAGCAUUCUACCACCUGUUGCUGCUAUACCCAUACUGCAGAAUGAGCUGGCAAAAUUCUGUCAUGUCCCUGGCUUCAAGAUCCCUCUCAGUUGGGGAAUGAGGUGGACAAUUCCAGAGUUGAGACAGAGUGGAAAGACCCUAUGGCUCAGGCCCCAGGCAAACCCAUGCCAUCAGGAGAGCCAGGGUCCACACCCCAUCCAGUGUUCCCUCUAACAAGGAUUCCCAGAUGUUGUGGACUACAAUUCCCAAUAAUCCCCAAGCAAAAGCCAUUGCAGCUGGGCAUUAUGGGAGCUGUAGUCAACAACAUCUGGGAAUCCCUGUUAGAGGGAACACUGACCCCAUCACAACCUUAGGGAGCAGCCCUGCCCUAAUCCUCUAAUUCAGAAGAGUCCCUUGAGGAUUUGCUAGAUCAAGUCAAAAUCCCCCAGUACUGCCAAAGUCAGCAUGUAGGGGGGAAAACUGACAGUCAGUUCCAGGCUUCUGCUGGAGCAACAUCCAUUAUAUAUAAGUAUACCCAACUCUUGCUUCUGUACUGUGAGCUAUCCAAGGUGCUGACUCCUUUUUCCUUGGAGCUGUCCAAGGUCUGUAUCUUCUGCUAACUGAACAAAGAGGCACCUUUCUAAAGUGGUGAUUUUCUAUAUUUAGCGGGGGGGGGGAAGCAACUGGCCCUAUUCAUCCCUAGCACAGCAUCCCUCCAGUAGCUGUUGCUGGUGUCUAUCUUAUGUUUCUUUUUAAGAUUGUGAGCCCUCUGGGAACAGGGGACCAUUUUAUUUAUUUAUAUCUAUGUAAACCACUUUGGGAACUUUUGUUGAAAAGCAGUUUAUAAACAUUUGUCGUAUUCACGUGUCCCUUCUAGAUCCCUGCUUCAGUGGAGAGCCCAACUCAGCCUAGAACAGGAUAAAUUCUAGAUGGGAUGACUUCAGAGUGCAGGUAGAGGGGUCAUUUCCACACCCCCACCCCAUGCUGACCUAUGUAAAAGGCUCCCAGGAUACAGUAAACUAGUCCUUAAGGGAGAGGACUGCUCUAAAUCUUUAUCUCUGAUAUGUUACUCUUCUAGAUUGUGGGGGAGGUUUCUGUUUGGGAGCUUUCAAAAAUACAGCACCAUCCCCACCUGCAGGCUGAAUGUCACCACUUCAGUUUGUGGAAUGUGUUGAUUAGCUCUUACUUCCUCGAAGGUCUGCAUGGGACAUUUGUAAAUAACUAGACAUGGAGUUGGACUCUGGGAUUCAGGUUUAGGACCUCCUUUUACUGAGAACAGAGAUUUCACUUGGACAGAAUCAAGAAUCCUCUGCUGACGGAACGGAAGGGACAGGAUAUGUUGCCAAAUGGGGUCGACUUCUUUGGCCUGGCAGUGCCAUGGUGUUGUGCAUUUUUGCUCCAAGUUUCUCCUCCUCCUCUCCCUCUUUCUCUCCCAUGGCAUGCAUUUUGUCCAAGCCACUAUCUCUGGGCUGUCACAUUCAAAGGUGUAUUUUUGUAACUGCCAGGAGGAGAAGCCAAAUUGGCUCCCACUGCCGUGCUCCUCUCCACCCUGCCUGAUCACGACCCUCAGACACGGCGACGCAUGACCAAUAAUCAGCAAUGUAGUUGGGUGGGGUACCUCCUCCUGUUAACUGUCAAGAAGCAAAAACAAAAAACAAAAAUGAGAAACAAACCCUAACCCUGUUCUUUUUAAUUGUUUCAUAUGCAAAGAGUUCUCCAUUAAACUUGUACAGAGCAAAAAGGAAAAAAAGAGAAAAGAUUAAUAAAUUAGUUUUCUAUUUCUACUGUA